UCCUGCUCAAAAUAAAGCUACGUAUCAACAAAAUAGACCAAUCAGGUUUCGCCAACUGUACCGAAUCUCACCAGCACGUUUCUUUCUCAACUGUAGAAGUUACGAAAAGAGGGAGGACUCACACAAACAACAAAGGAAACAAUUGAAGAAGAAAACAGUCUUUGAACUGAAUAACUUAGACACUUUACAAUGGCCAAUAAUUUACACUUGCUUGGAAAGACUACAGUUCCUCUUCUAUGCUUAUUCUUGUGUCUUCUACAAAGUUCAGUUACCUUAGGAAAAAAAGAGAAGGAUGAACGUGAAUGCGAAGUUUGUAUUGCUACAAUUGAAAAAUUCAAGAAAGAAGUUCCUGAUGAAAUGUAUGGUAAAGUUGACAAACUAGAAUCUGCCUUUAGAAAGUUCUGCAAAAAAAUCCCUAAAGGUGGCAAGGAAAACAGAUUUUGCUACUUUGUUGGUGGGACUGAAGAUGCAGCUACAGGCAUCCUAGGGAAUUUGAUCAAACCAUUGAGUUACCACCUCCCAGCAGAGAAGAUCUGUGACAAACUAAAGGCCAUGGAUGCUCAGAUUUGUGAGAUGAGAUUUGAUGUCAAGCCUGACUUCACCAAGCUGAACAAAAUGAGAGUGGGUGAGCUCAAGAAAAUCCUGUCUAACUGGGGUGAGGACAGUGCUUGUAAAGGAUGUGCUGAGAAGUCUGAGUUCAUCAAGAAGGUCAGAGAGUUGAUGCCAAAACAUGAACCAGAGGAGUGGAAAAAACUUCAGGCUUUAGAGAAAGAGUUAUGAUUUAAGUGAAUGUAGUUCUUUUUAUUUCUUUUUGAAUGUUUGAAAUUUUGUUUUGAAUGAGAGGUGCUUGGGGUGAUAUGUGAAAUGAUAGCUGCAUGUUGUUUGGUUAAGCUGGGUGUGUUAUGCUAAUGUAUACUUGAUGUAUACAAGUUGACUAUUAGCUUGUACAUUUUGAAUGUUAAAAGUAAGUAAAUUUUAAAUUUGAAAAUGUAUGUUUUCACUGCCAUAUUUUUGUUUUGAAAAUCUACACUUGCUAAAAUAUCUACUGUAGUAACAGUCCAGUCAAGCCAAUCAACAGGCUCCUACAGAUUUUGGCAUUCAUACAGGGCUAAAUUUGACAAAUGGAUAUUUUAUGAAUGCUGCUUUAUUUUCACCUUGCAUGCAAAUCACUGACCGGAUGACUAAUGGUAAAUGAAACUAACUUUUCAGCAGGGUUAAAUAAGAAUCCGGUGUGAAUGUUUAUAUUGAAAUUGUUUGACGGUGAUCAAAUUUGUAAGAAUUUUUUUUUUAAUGGUCUUCUCACAUUGAGUAGCUAUUGUUUCUUAAAAGUUUCCCACUUGAUUUGAUUAGUUUCUCCAGGAUUUGAUUCCUCUACUUGAGUAACAGCAGUCUAGUUUGGUUCCUUCAUUGACUUGAGUGAUCUCAUCUGCUACAGGUUGGCUGAUGUGUUUCACAUUUGUUGAGUAUUGUUGAUUUCCAUUACAACUGUUGACCUUCCUGUCUGCUAUGUGUGUAUUGACUGUAGCCAGAAACCACAGCAUAGAAAACUGACUGCUGAGAAGCAUACUUUUGAAGUAACAUCAAAUUUAACAUUACCUUUUUAGUAAGAUAAAAAUUACAAAAAUCAUUAAAAAAAAAAAUUCAUUGAAAAUUUUUUUUUCUGUAGUCUGAACAGUUAUGAAACUAUUUUGGUGAAAGCUAGUAUCUUAAUUUGUGUGAUUUAACAGAAUUAUUUCCAUAUAAAUGCUAGCUUAUUUCCCUCAAGUUUUUACCUUGAUGUUUUUCUUUGUGGUUCUGAAUUGUUGACAUUUUUGAUCUGUCAUGCUAUAGUAAAUUAUUAAACUGAGUACUUUUUGAUAG